UGAGAUAUGAAGUAGCUUUAACUGAGGUAACAGUCACCAGCCAACUCAUGGAGAGAGAGAGAGAGAGGCGCCUAUAGGUUUCCUACACUUCUUCCUUUGACAGCAGAAGAUAAUAUAGUUGAAUAGAGAUAUUAUUCAGUACCAACACAGUGUGAUCAUGCAGUACCAACACAGUGCGCCUUCAGCCAUGGCUGUUCCUCUUUACGCGCCGACCCCUAUCCAGCCCGUCCACCCAACUCCUUUCUACAUCGAAGACAUCCUGGGGAGAAAUGAGACCCUGACCCAGUCUUCAGCGGUGGUCUCCACGCCAAAUCUACCGUCACCGAAUUCAUCCUUCACCAGUUUGGUCUCUCCGUACCGGACCCCCAUCUAUGAACCGACACCGAUCCACCCUGCGUUCUCCCACCACGCUGCGCUCACCGCCACGUAUGCCUCCGGGGCUUUCGCUAAUUCACUGUAUCCAUUCCACCGGUCUAUGGGGGACUAUACUCUGAUCAGGCACGACCCGCUUGGUAAACAACUUCUAUGGAGCCCGUUCAUUCAGCGUCCACUGCACAAGAGAAAAGGUGGACAGGUCCGAUUCUCCAACGACCAGACAAUAGAGCUGGAAAAGAAGUUUGAGACACAGAAAUACCUUUCACCCCCCGAACGAAAACGACUGGCUAAAAUGUUGCAACUGAGUGAACGACAGGUGAAGACGUGGUUCCAAAAUCGAAGAGCCAAGUGGAGGCGACUGAAGCAGGAGAACCCUACCGGCAGUAAGACAGAUCUGGAGGACGAUAGCACCGGGAGAAACUGCGAGGAGGGACCGGAGUCCGGUGUGAGCCUCAGUCCGGGCCGGGACCAGAGAUGUAGGGCUACAGAGAUGACGCACACUCACAGUCGGUUGCAGUGUUCCACGUCGCCUCUAUCACAAGGACAAAUAGAGUCAGACAUUUCAGACGAUACAGACCAAGAGCUGGACAUAGAGGAUGACAUGGAGUUCCCACUGAAUCCACCGAUAUGAAGUCAUCAGAUCACUGUUUACAGGUCAAUCUGGACGUUGUCCCACUGGGUGACUGACGGCCCGGGAAGAGGACCAAUAGCCCGUCAGUAAACAUUGUUGUAGCAUCUUUCUGGGACAUAGAUUUGUUUUUGUAUAUAAAUACCUGUAUAUUUUGUGAUGUUGUUUUAUUGUCAUUAUGAGUUUAAAAAAAAUUAAAAUUAAUUGAGCAAAAAAUGAGCGUCGGAACGGUUAGGCCUACAAACGACAUGUUUUACUCUAGGACGCCCACAACCCUCACUGGACGUGAACGUGAGCAUUUCACGGUACUGACAUAUACAAUUUGAUUUGAAGAUCCCCUCGUACCGGUUAAAAACACGAAAGGACGUAUGUGGAAGUAGUUUAGUGACAUUUAUUUUUUGUUAAAUAUUGGUACAAAUAUUAAAAUACAAUCCUGAUCUUUCUUAUACCUCUCAGAUAUAGGACAGAUACUUUAAAACAAACUUGCUUUUGAUGCAUUUUUUGUUCUUGACUAAACCAAAAAGCUAAAUGUUUCUUGGUAUGACCAUCUUAAAACAAUUCCACAUGUUAGUUUAGUAGAACCCUUUUGAAAUACACUCUUAAUUAAACUAACGAUAUCUGGGCUGCGUCUCAAUAUACCACAUCCGCGGAUUUUGGCGCUGAUUUUGGCGCUGAUUCUGACGCUGGUUUUGGCGCGGGUUUUGGGUUUUGUAGAUGGGAUGCAGUUUAUGUCAGAAUUGACCAUAAUUGACUUUUGCGUAGCAGGUGUGUUUGUCAGACCAUUAUGUGACGUCCCGAAAAUCUGUCUUCUCAGGAAAAUGUCUCCAGAGUCUAAACAGUUUUGUUUUGAUCUACCACGCCCACAAGACUGUCUGGAGGGAACCCAGACCUGACUGUCUGAAGGGAACCCAGACCUGACUGUCUGAGGGAACCCAGACCUGACUGUCUGAAGGGAACCCAGACCUGACUGUCUGAAGGGAACCCAGACCUGACUGUCUGAAGGGAACCCAGACCUGACUGUCUGAAGGUAACCCAGUACUGACUGUCUGAAGGUAACUCAGACCUGACUGUCUGAAGGUAACUCAGUACUGGGCCGGGAAAAUGACUGGUGAAGUGAAUAGGCUAUUUCUACGCCAAAGGGUCAUUCCACAGUUAAACUAUUAUAAAUGAAUCCUGAGCUUUCUUAUAGUGCUCAGAUAUAAGGCAGACACCUCAAAACAUACUUAUUGUUUAAAUGUAAUGUAGUUGACUGUCUGACCAUCUCUAGCCACAUCUCAGAAUGUCCUUUUGGUUGUGGUUGAAAAGGCCUUGUCUGUUGGCUUUUCUCCGUCGAAUGGGAAGCAUUUACAAAUGUAUUCUAAACUCAGUGUAUUUUCCAUUGAUUAUUAAUAAACAGUAUUUAGUGAUAAGAAAUCUUCAUUAAUCUUGAUGAUUAUUGAACACUCGUAUCGUCACGAUAAGGGACCAUGCCCGACCAACUGGUGACUCAUUGGAGGGGAGAAAAGUCCAUGUCAGUGUGUAAUGACACUUCAGUGAUGAAGACGUGUUGUCGUCAGAUAUUCACUUGGACAUUUUAACAGCUUCUGUGCGUCAUCACUUGGUUGCUGAGAAAAGACGAGGGAUGUGUCAAGUGUCUUUAUCACGUCUUCAGUUCAAUAUAGCUUCCUGGAUCCCCUUAGUUACCAAUAGAAAUACUGGUAGAAACAAGGCUUCCAAAACGGUUCUUCAGCUGUCUCCGUACCAUAACCCUGUUGGGUUCCAGGUAGAACCCUUUUUGGGUUCCAGGUAGAACCCCUUUGGGUUCCAG